AUGCUGACGGUGAAGCUGAAACCGAGGCACCGCCUCUUCUGCUUCAGCGUGAAAGGCCACGUGAAGAUGCUGCGGCUGGAUAUUAUCAACUCAGUGGUUACAGCAGUAUUCAUGGUAGUUAUAUCGGUGUUGGCACUGAUCCCAGAAACCACAACAUAUAUAGUCCUUGGAGGGGAUCUUAUCAACAGUUUCAUUACUGCUGUGUUCCUUUUCGUAGUUGCCAUCUUGGCGAUGGAAGAAAAGGAAAGAAGUCAUUUAUUCUACGUUGGAGGGUCCCUGUGUCUCACAGCGGCAAUUGUGUGUCUCAUCGAUGCGACUGUGGUCACCAAGACGAUGAGGAAUACCAUGAAAAAAGCUCUGGGAAUCAAAACCAAAACCAGUGCCUCCCCCGCCCAGGAACCCAUCUCACCCUCAAGGGUACCCCCAAGGGGAAGCCCAAGGGCACCUACAAGGGCAACCAUGAAGCAACGCGGCCUGUCGGAGCCACCCUCGGAAGCACCCUCUCGGGCACCGUCGCGGGCACCUUCGCAAGCACCAUCGUCUUCUCCCUCCCGCCGCUGA